AUGAAAAUGGCCUGGUAUACGUGAAGUAUAAAAAUAUGAAAUCAACAGCAAAAAAUAAUCCUUCCCAGGCGGCAGAGGAAAAUGCAGGCAUUCAGAGACCCUCGCGAUCCCAGAGUUCAGAAAAUAUCUAUCGUCCUCCAGACACACAAAGUGUUGCUGGCAAUAUUCGAAAUCUAGUUGAAAAACUUUGGAAACCAGCAAAAGUUGGUAUUGGACGUGAUGCAAAAGGACUCUAUCAUUCAUCAAUUGAUAUCACAGACAUCACAUUAAUCGGUAAUGACAGUGUGUUUCAGCUCUACUCAAAGAAAAAGAAGAUGAUUGAACAGUUUGCAGCUACUGUUGGUGGAAAGCUAAAUCCUCCAGAGACAUAUGCUACUGUAACUAGUCCUAUCCAGACAGCUGGGUUUGGGAGUUUAGUAAAGGCCCUGAACUGUGGAAUCAAUGAGUAUUAUUUGUUUCACGGAACACCAAUUGGCAAUCUUGAAUCAAUUGAACGGUAUGGAUUUUUCAUGGAAAAAUACAAACAUUUAAUGUUAGGGAAAGGGAUUUAUUUCACCGAGGAUCCCGUCAAAGCCGACCAGUACACAGGGAAAGGAGAUGAUGUUAAAGAGCCACUAUGUUGUAUGAUACUGUGUAGAGUCCUGCUCGGAGACGGCGUUAUACAGAGACGUAAUGUGAAAAACCCUACAAUGACGUCAGAUGCUACAUCCGCCCCGUGUAAAACAUGUCUAAAACCCAAACCAGACUGCCAGUGUAGAAAAUCUACAAAAUAUGACUCUGUAAUAUUUGAUGGGUUGGUAUUCAGAGAGUUUGUUGUGUAUGAAACUUGUUCCUGCUUUCCUGAAUUUGCUAUAUUAUACAAGCGAGUAAAGAGUAACGUCUGUCCUAUGAUAAUCGGGUAAAUUAAUUAUUUCUUAUUUUUAAUCGCAUCUAUAUAGCAUUCUUUUCACGUAUAUAUAUACGUUCAAAGCUGGCUUUACUUUCCGAAAAUGCAAAUGAUUAUAGAUCUAAAAGUCUCAUGACUCUUAAAUAUUUUGUUUAAAAAAUACAGACAUUUGACAAACCAGGAUACUCGCAUAUCGAUAUAAAACAUGACUUGCAUUAAAUAUUGUUUUACACUUUUAUAUGAAAAUAUUACUCAAUCACAUCGCUAGAAAUGUGUUCUAAAGUCUGUAGCAAGUGUAUCGGCAUCUCUAAUAUAGACAUGGAAAUUUUGUACAAAAAAUAACUGUGAUAUUUGAUGGGUUGCUAUUCUGAGAGUUAGACGAUAGAACUUGCUCAUGCUUUCCUGAAAUUGCUAUAACUAUCGUAAAUAUAACAACUUCCCUAAGCUAAUCGGGUAGAUGCAUUCUUAUUAAUAUUAUCAUUAACAGGGAUAUGAAAAUACAUAAUAAUUUAUAUGUAGUAGUACUAUUUUCAUGUAUAUACACGUUCAAAGUGCUUUACCGAAUACAUUUUAAAACAAUGCGGUUGUUACACAUCACGAUUCGAGUCUUCAGAACAAAUAACAGUUUUCUUUCCUCUCCGGCCUGUACACUUGCACCAUGUCUCUAAUAUAGACUUGGGAAUGAACAUUUAGAUACUUACAAUGUAGGGAUAACGAUUGUUUUUCGUGUAACAUCUGCAGAACCGCGAGGGAAUGGUUGUUGCCAGGUAGGGCGAGGUUGCCAACGGAUCCUCAGGAAUUCUGCAGAAAUGAAUAUGCGUAAACGCUAUCAUAGCAUAUUAAACGUGUAAAUAGCUAAAAUAAAUAUUUUGUCCAUCAACGUCAUUAAAUGGCCAGGAAAUGAGCGGGUUGACGUUGACGUUAUUUCCUUUUGGGGCCUAAAUACAUUUCUGCUUUGCCACGGACUGCAUUUAUGUAAAAAGCUGUUAACAGCGCAUGAGCGCGAGAAUCUCUCUGUUAAAACACGUUUACUUUCCUGUUAAAGCACACAUUGU